GCAUGCCUUGCGGCGUGCCCCGGUCUAUCCCGGCGUGCCUUGCGGUGUGCCCCGGUGUAUCCCGGCAGGCUUUGCCUCAAUAAAGCCCCGGUACAUCCCAGCAUGCAUUGCGGUGUGCCUCGGUGUAUCCCGGCAUGCUCUGCGGUGUGCCCCGGUGUAUCCCGGCAGCCUUUCCCUCAAUAAAUCCCCGGUGUAUCCCGGCAGCCUUUGCGGCGUUAGGCCUCGGUGUUUCCGUGCCUGCUCGGGCCGUGAGGCGGAAGCGGCGGCGAUGGCGCAGGGCCAGCCCAAGGCUGUGGCCAAGCGUCCUAAGGCAGCGGCGGCAGCAGCGGCGGCGGCCCGGGGGAGCCGGGGCCCGCGGAAGGGAGGCCGCACCAUCGCCCCGAAGAAGCUCCGCGUGGUCCAACAGCAGAAGCUGAAGAAGCGCCUGGAGGUCGGGAUCCGGAUGCGGAUCGAGCGGGAGACCGUGCAGCGAGCGCAGGGCGGCCUCCCCAAAAAGCUGGCGCUGGUCACGGCGCCGGCCCCCGCCAAGGACAAAGGCAAGAAGGGCCGCGGCUGAGCCCCACCGGGAAACGACCCCCGAACCCCCCUCCAGGGACCUCCGCCAGGCUCUGGGGGAGUCCGGGCUGUUCUCAGCCCCACCAUCGUUCUUUAAUAAAAGGGAUUUGCGGGCGGCGUCCCCCCCGCGCCCACCA